AUGGCUGAAUCGAGCGAGUCACAGCGCUCCCUCCUACAAGAAGAAGAUCUAGUCACAAUGCGACCGUCCAACUCUUGGAACCCACUGGGCCGAUCAUCUCCAGAACCCGACUAUGCCUUCGCACUCAAUCACUACCCAUCGCGCGAUAGCUUCGCCGACGAAGUCUUCCGCGAGGUAGGGCUGGGACUGCGACUCUCGGACGAAUCUAACGAAACCCUCACCGCGCGGGCGAACAGCCGCAAACAUAGGGAAAGCCGAGACUCGUUCCUCUCAAAUAAGGAAUCUCCACCCACCGACAGCCAACCGACCACUCCGGGCUUCUUGAAAACGCCACAGGAGACACCGAUCAUUUCGACCCCGCAGCAACAAGUUCUGAACUGCCCCAGCCGAUCGCCCGUGCUACAGCGGCGAUUUGGUUGGGUUCCCAUUUCAAUUUUUGUUUUGGCCUUAUACGCGACGAUUUUUUCGGGCAUAUAUCUCAUUAUCGCUUUUUGGAAGCCGCGAUGGAAGAAUGUGGGGAGCGGGAAGCCACUUUCAGCCGCAACUGCCAAUCUGCUUUCUGCUUUCUUCGCCAAGACCAUUGAAUUGGCUUAUGUUACUAUCUGUGUGGCGUUUUUGGGUCAAGUGCUUAGCCGCCGGGCAUUGACGACAAAUUCGCGUGGCAUCAGUAUUGCUGAUAUGGGGAUGCGGACAUGGAUUAUGCAGCCGGGAUCCAUGCUCGUGCAUUGGGAGACGAUGCGAUACUCGGCGCUGACAUUUUUGGGGGCCAUUGCCUUGACUUCGACAUUUGUCGCUAUGCUCUACACUACCGCCGCCGAGGCGUUGGUGUCACCAAAACUGAAUCCCGGGCCACGUGAAAAUACAGUCAUCUGGGGGAAAGUGUCUGCUGCUUUUGCCAAUGACGUAUACCUUGAGGAUACCUGUAAGACGCCGAUCACAAUAUCGAUGGAUAAGGACUAUAGGAACUCGACCUGUCUCGAACUCUUACAUGUAGGAACUGCCUACCACAAUUAUCAACAAUGGAUUUCUUCUUGGAGCGAGCUAAGUCCUAGCAACAUGUCAGACAAGCUUUCAUCACGUCCUCCACCUACUGGUUCGAUCUGGGACAACACAACUGUCACUGGUAGCUGGAUCGAAAUUCAAAACAUAACUGAGUUAUCGAAAAAGCAUAACCGAAUGAUGAAUAACGUUACAAUGGCAUUUCCGCACGGAAAUGUCCCUGCAGCUGCAAUGGACCCAAGAAACGACAUUCGGCAACCACAAGAAGCAACCGGUGAAGGCACAUACUCCAUCGAGGCAUCGGUGCCCUCGCCCGCAGUCAACGUGCUUUGUGUGGGCAUGAAUGCUACAGAGCUGAAGCCAAUAAUUUACAGCGAGUGGCCAUAUCAACAUUUCAAUGCCGUCACAUGGAUGCAGGACAUAUACUCCGACACGUAUAUUCCGAAAUUGCCUCUGUAUCUCAACAGUACAGUUGUCGACUCGAUCUUUGGCUUUGGCCCGGAAUACGAGCAAAGACCACCCACUUUCGGCACGUACCCCGCAGAAUAUAACACCAUCCUGUACUCGACAGGCGUUUGGCCGACAGCCGCAAUCUAUCUUCUCGGGAAACCCUCUGCCUCCUCCCCUGACUACGUGAUGUGCUCUAUGAAAGCAAAACUAACCGGCGUCUGCUCAACGCUCUACGAUGCCGAUUCAAGUGGAGCUUCGCUCUACACCAACUGCGAGAACUCCUCCAACACCCUUCAAUAUAAUCGCCAUGUCGACAAUUUCAAGGAAGGUGUCUGGUCUCCUGACUGGAAAAAUGUCGCCGAUACAUGGGCUACCGCGGUGAACCUGGGCUCUGGCAUCACGGUUGCCGAUGCUAGUAACGAGCGCUUGAUCAUGCAAAUGAUGCCAGCACAUGAUAACAAAACGAACACCUGGAGCCUGGAUCCAGCUCUUCCUUCAAUUGCUGAGGCACUUGCCGUCAUGGCAGGUAGUACGCUCAUUCUCAGCACGCAAAACACUCCGUUCGUGCAAGGAUGGAGCUACAAUUUGGCUGAAAGCCUUGAAACCCCUGCAUAUGAGAAUUUCACCGCCACAAUAAAAGCAGUCAGCUACUUCUCAGGCGGUACAGAUAAAUGGCAGGGCGUGUUCUAUGUUAUUCUGGUUUGCGCUUUCCUCACCAGUGCCGUGUGCUUGGUGUUCAUGAUCAUCGAAGCUCGCGGACACCAAAUUACCGACUUCACAGAGCCGCAGAAUCUCUUUGCCCUCGCGAUGAAUAGCCCACAGAGCGCCGUUCUUCGAGGCGCUUGUGGCUGCGGUCCUGUUGGACACCAGAUGAAAGAGCGCUGGUCGAUCGGCAUGCAGGAGAACGACGAGCACUACUAUAUUCGUGCAAGGGCAGAUGGUGCUAGUCCGGAAGCGCAAUCAACCGGGUACUCAAGGGUUGAUCAGAUGGAAGUUGACGAUUCAGAAGUGAAGCCUUUCAGUCCUGCUGUUAAUGAAUUUAGGAGAAUUUCGAACCGAAAUUCGUGGUUGGGGAAGUUUUAUUAA